CUUCAACCUCAUCACACUCUUCUACUCACUCAAUAUACACGCCACACAUGAACAUCUGUGCCCCCCCAGAUCCCUACCCCCCCUUCUGACGAAUCACGGCUAUCCCUGCUGCAGGUGCUCGUUGCUCGACUCCAGACUCCAACAGCUCCAUCCCACCGUCACCUUAUGCCCUUCCGUCUUCGCCUGAUACCGAUACCUGACAACAUCCGGAUCAGAGCAGACGCCCGGCUCCAGAAUUAUGGCCUCUUGAGUUGAGACACAUAAAGAGCCCUGGGCCGCCUCCCCUUGCUCUUAUUUCUUGUCUCUGCAUCCUGCACUCGUUUGCCAAUCCACCCACAAGGCUGAUAUCGCACUCUUCAUCACCUCUUGGCCAAGAUGCUCGAUCAGUACACCUACAUAUUUGCCAUUGGCACCUUCUUCGCCCUGUUGGAUGCCUUCAACAAUGGUGCCAACGAUGUUGCCAACGCCUGGGCUACCAGUGUCUCGUCGAGGUCCAUCUCCUAUAGACAGGCCAUGAUUCUCGGUACCAUCUUCGAGAUGGUUGGUGCCAUCACUGUCGGUGCUCGUACCGCCGAGACCAUCAAGAACGGUAUCAUUCCUCUCGAUGCAUUCAAGGGCAACGCUGGUGUGCAGAUGCUGGCUUUCACAUGUGCUCUCGCUGGUGCUUCUACAUGGGUUAUGUGGUGUACGCGCCACUCUGCUCACGUCUCCUCGACCUACUCCCUCAUCUCUGCCGUUGCUGGUGUCGGUGUUGCAACUGCUGGUGCGCGCAACGUUCAGUGGGGUUGGAACGACGGAAAGGGGCUUGGCGCCAUCUUCGCCGGCCUUGGAAUGGCUCCUGCUAUUGCUGCUGGUUUCGGUGCUACCAUCUUUAUGCUCAUUAAGCUCGUUGUCCACCUGCGCAAGAAUCCCGUCCCGUGGGCCGUCUUCACCUCUCCAUUCUUCUUCCUCAUCGCCGGUACCGUCUGCACACUCUCGGUUGUUUACAAGGGUUCGCCAAAGCUUGGUCUUAACAAGAAGCCCCCAGGUUACGUCGCUGGUGUCACCAUGGGAACUGGUGCCGGUGUCUGCGCUCUCGCCUGCCUCUUCUUCGUCCCGUACGUCUACGCCAAGGUCAUCAAGCGCGACCAGUCUGUCCGCUGGUUCCACGUCUUCAAGGGCCCAAUGCUCUUCUUCCGCCAGUUCCAAGAGGGCGAGGUCGCUUCCGUCCCCAACUACGCUGUUGUUCAAGAGGAGAACCUUGACGAGGAGAACAAGUACCACUCUGGCGAGUCUGCCAAGUCAAUCGACGACAACGAGGUCAAACAAGCCACCGUGCACGAGAAGUCGCUUGCUGUUGCAGAAGGCCAGCAACUCACCUACAAGGAACAAGUUGCCGCCGGUCAGGCCAAGCUCAAUGCCCGUCUGCUCAAGAAGCGUGGUCCCAUGGGCUGGGCUAUGCGCACUCUCCGCGACAACCCCAUGGGCGCUGGUGAAAUCUACGAGUUCAAGAACAUGAAGAUCAUGGCCAAGCGUCUCCCUGCUUACAUCGUCUGCGGCGCUCUCUACGGUCUGCACUACGACAUCCACGCCGCCCAGACUGGUAUCGCCGGAACACCUGAAGGUGCCCGCAUGGAGCGCGUCUACUCCCACGCCAAGAAGUACCCCAACGAGGUCGAGCACACCUACUCCUUUGUCCAGAUCCUCACUGCCUGUACCGCCUCUUUCGCCCACGGUGCCAACGAUAUCGGUAACUCCGUCGGUCCUUGGGCUGUCAUCUACGGUGCCUGGAAGUCUGGUGCUGCUGUCAAGAAGAACGCCGAAGUCGACGUCUGGCAACUCGCUGUCCUCUCCGCCACCAUCUCCCUCGGUCUCAUCACCUACGGCUACAACAUCAUGAAGGUCAUGGGCAACAAGAUCACCUACCACUCUCCCAGCCGUGGCUGCUCUAUGGAAAUGGGCGCUGCCAUCACCGUCCUCGUCUUCUCGCAAUUCAAGCUCCCCGUCUCCACCUCGAUGUGCAUCACUGGCGCCACCGUCGGUGUCGGUCUCUGCAACGGCACCUACAAGGCCGUCAACUGGCAGCGAGUCGGUCUCUUGGUCUUUUCCUGGAUCAUGACCAUCCCCGUUGCCGGUACCAUUGCCGGUGUGCUCAUGGGCAUAGUCCUCAACGCUCCUCACUUUACCUAGACGUCUUGUCCUGAAUUUCCUUAUACUUUGCAUCGCGCUUAAAUGAUUCCCCAACAUUGUGAGCGCGCUAUAAUCGCUAUAUAGACUGAGGCGUUGACAAGAUCUGAUGUGAAAAAUUGAUUUAUAUAUAUACAUAAUUGACACCAUCGUUUUACUCCUGUUCUUGAAGACUCAAAGUGACAUGUAGUCUUCUGUGCUGGUCUCAUUCCUGCAGGAUCCUCACAUCCUGCCAGCAGACAAACUUCAGUGCAAAGUUGUGCACGGUAACAAUGCAAUGCAAGCACAAAUAAUGCAUCAAACCUAACCCGUGCAACACACACACAAUACACGCAUAUAUUGACAUGAUGUGACUAAUAUAUAAACAAUGAU